AUGGAUUCCUCAAUGUUUGUGGCUGCUAAAGAAGGAAACACUCAACUUCUUCUUCAACUUCUCCAUGAUGAUCCUCUUAUCCUAGAGCGUGUAACAACUAGUAGCAGUGACACUCCUUUGCACGUUGCAGCCAUGUUUGGGCACUCUGAUUUUGUAAAGGAAAUCAUCAAACACAAAAGUAAUGCAGGGGAAUAUGUAAAGGAAUUAAACCAAAAUGGUUUUGGUGCAACUCACAUGGCGGCAGCAAACGGCCAUAACGAGACAGUCCUAGAGCUUUUGAAAGUCAAUAAUGAACUUGGCAAUCUCAAGGGAAAGGAUGGAAUGACUCCUCUUCAUUGUGCUUGUACCAAAUGA